AAUGAUAGUUGAGGAUGAUGCGACAUGCCAUCGCACUUCUCCGUCUGAUUGAAGCGUGAGGACGGUCCGGAGCGCAACGUUGGGCUGAGGUGUAGAAAUGGAUAGAAAAAAUGAAAAGAGUGAAGCUAAAGGCAAAGGAGGGAAUAAACCUCCUCAGUCUGACAAACCAGAGGGCUUAGAAGUAGAAAGAAUAGUGAAUUUCCAGUUCCUGCCCAAGAUGGUAAAGAGACGAGUCUAUGCCCUGAAGAGGCUCCAGCUCCAGAGCGCCAACAUCGAAGCCAAGUUCUAUGAAGAAGUGCAUGAGCUGGAGAGGAAGUACGCUGGCCUCUACCAGCCCAUCUUUGACAAGAGACGGGACAUUGUGGCCGGCACCAUUGAACCCACAGAUGAGGAAUGCGAAUGGCAAAGUGACAGGGAGGAAGAGGAGCUCGCUGAAGAUUUGCAGAAAAAAGCUGCUCUGGAGGAGAAGCAGGCAGAUUCAGCCGGGGCCGAUGAUCCGAAAGGAGUCCCGGAGUUCUGGCUCACCAUCUUCAAACGUGUGGAUAUGCUGGGAGAAAUGCUGCAGGAUCAUGAUGAGCCGAUCCUGAAGCACCUGCAGGACAUCACUGUGAAGUUUUCGGAGCCUGGACAGCCGAUGAGUUUCACAUUAGAGUUCCACUUCGAGCCCAACAGCUACUUCAGUAACUCGGUCCUCACUAAAGUCUACAAGAUGAAGUCCGAGCCGGACGCAGAGGAUCCGUUCUCAUUCGAGGGGCCGGAGAUCAUCGACUGUGAAGGUUGUAAGAUUGACUGGCAAAAAGGCAAAGACGUGACCGUCAAAAUCAUCAAGAAGAAGCAGAAACACAAAGGCAGAGGGACGGUUCGGACGGUCACUAAAGAGCUUCCACAGGAUUCAUUCUUCAACUUCUUCAGUCCGGUUAAAGCGUCGGCUGAUGGGAUGGAUGAAGAUCUGGAGUGCACUCUAGCUACAGAUUUUGAGAUCGGACACUUCUUCCGAGAGCGGGUCAUUCCCAGAGCUGUGCUUUAUUUCACAGGAGAGGCCUUAGACGACGACGACGAGAGUUAUGAAGAGGAGGAUCUUGAAGAGGAAGAGGAGGACCUGGAUGAGGAAGGUGAAGAAGAAGAUGAGGGAGAUUAUGAUCCCACGGCAUAAUUCAUUUCUCACUUCAUGCAUUUCUAGAAAGACCCUCCUCCUGCAGAGUGCAAACAGCAGUAAGACUGGUGAACAGAUAGCCACGGCACAACUCGGCUGUCUGUCAGACAAUAUGACGAUUUGGACAUAGGCCUAAUUUCCUCAUGGACUCGCCACACUAAUGCAAUAGGAAACCAAACACUGUUUAGGAAAUGCAUGUUUGUCUGUUUAUUUCUCUACUGUUUACUUUUACAGGGAUGACCUCAGUAUUCUCAUUCAUAAGUCGUGUGAUUUCGCACUCCAUAACUGAACCUGCAACAUGUCCAUAUGCAGCCAUGGCCAUUUUUGCAACAUAGCAGGAUUUUGGAGACUCGUCAUGAUAUGAACUCCAGGCGUCGUCCAGUGUAGCAUCACUCAGGGUUUGCUUUGCCAACAAAAUGAACCUGCUGUCUUCAUGAAUCUGAAAUAACUUACAUUUCCGAUUUAGCUGUUACGAUGUAGUUACGAAAGUGUUUUAAUUUGGGUCAGUGGUAGCCGAACGAUGUGGGUUGUGGUCUAAGAAUACUUCUGAUUUGUCUCCAGGGUUGGGCGUCAUCGAAUUUCCCAUCCUUGAGUGACGUAACGCAUAUAUCCAUGCUAUGCACGUUGACAUGGAAUUUCAACAGUAUUUUAUUUGGCCAUGUGGUUAUGUCUCAAGUUGCUUGUAGUCAUGCACAGAGUUGCGUCUGUAAGAGUAUCGGGAAUGUUACCAAGCAGAUCUUAAAAGAAAUUGCAGGUUUACUCUCCAUUUGAACUGUGUGCGAGCCAUAGCCUUAUCUGGAACUUCUUUAGUUUGUAAUGAAGCAUUGUUUCCAUUUUGUACAAACUAGACAAAAAGAUUCUAUUAAAUGUUUUGUGACAUGA